GUGCCAUUCUCACCCCAAAGCAUACAACAAUAAAGCAAAAGCCACCCUACCCUACGUUACCCCAACCAAACCCCACCCAUCUAUGUCACUCCUAUUAUUAUACAGCUAAUGUAUGCAUUCUGCAAUUUUCUAAGCUAUAUUUAUCACUUUCAAUCAGCUGCAAUCUUUGAACACAGAAAUUCAAGAAAAUUAUUAUCUUUGUGUACAUUUUGUGGUUCCACCUCUCUUCGCGCAAAUUUUCACCGUUCUCUCUUAUGGGUUUUUGGUAGUUUACAAUAUUUUGGGACAAAUAGAAGAUUAUUUCAUUGAUUGUUAGAUGAAUCCAGAUCCGGAUUUGAUUCACUUCACGAAAGAUACUGAUUUUUCGCAGUGGUAACUGGAUGCUACAUUUUGCAGCUACUAUUAUUUCGCUAGUUGUGUCUAACAGAGAGAGAAACUUGUGAUGAUAUUUGGUGAUCGGAAAUGGAAAGGGUUCAUAAGGCGAAACCACUUCCCAAAGAGUUGCUGACAAAAGUUUCAAUUAAUCAGCCUAGUUUGUUAAGGGAAGAUUUUAGGAAUCCAUCGAUUGUGUGUGACUCAAGGCAUUUGGACUCGGCUGCACGUGUGCGAAGAUGGAAAGGAAAGAACUCUUUAACAGAUAAUGAAGAACUCAUUCCUGAUAUUGUUUCGUUUAAGGCAAGUGGUGAUUCAUUCGAGGAAAGUGGCUCAACUUCAUUCCAUGGGGUGAGUCAUCCUCCUGAACCCAUUGAUAAGGACCUGAUGAGACCAUUAUAUGUACCUAUUGGUCAGAACAAUGGGGACAGAAAAUGUCUCGCUAAAAGCUUGUAUACGAAGGCUCCGUUUUUGGAAAAUCUUUCAAUACAUGUACCGAGUAUAAAGCCAAGCCUGUCACUACUUUCUCCGGCAGAAAGGUUGGUUGAAGAAUCUAACGACAUAGCCCCGGUCUCCUCUCCAUUUUCUGUUCCUUAUCCAUUGAAAAAUACCGUUGAAGCAAGUCUGCCGAUGGAUACUGAAGAGAAAGACGAAUGUAUAUGGGAUUCUUCACUACCUCCGAGUGGUAAUGUUAGCCCCCACAGUAGUAUCGAUAGCACCGGUGUUUUUACGACUAUGAGUUUUGUCAAUAGCAGCACUAGCACAAACAGGAGUGAUGUGAUAAUGAGUGAUGGGAUGCUUAGUUUGGACAAAAACUACGAAAUUACUAAAGGUAGCAUUCGAGGGGACUCGCUUGAGAGUACUAAAACUAGCCUUAGCCGAGUAAGUGAUAGCAGUGGUCUUAGUGAUGACAGUAACUGGAGUAAUAUAACUGGCAGCGCAAAUAAACCUCACAAAGGAAAUGAUCCUCGAUGGAAGGCCAUUCUUGCUAUUCGAAUCCGUGAUGGUAUUUUAGGCAUGAGUCAAUUCAAGUUGCACAGAAGACUUGGCUGCGGAGAUAUUGGAAGUGUUUAUCUCUCGGAAUUGACUGGAACUCGGUGUUUGUUUGCAAUGAAAGUGAUGGAUAAAGCAUCUCUCGCAAGCAGGAACAAAUUGAUCAGGUCUCAGACUGAAAGAGAAAUCUUGCAGCUGCUAGACCAUCCAUUCUUGCCCACAUUGUACACUCACUUUGAAACGGACAGAUUCUCAUGCUUGGUCAUGGAAUAUUGUCCAGGAGGCGAUCUGCAUACCCUGAGGCAACGACAACCAGGGAAACAUUUUUCGGAGUAUGCUGCACGGUUUUAUGCUGCUGAGGUUUUAUUGGCGCUCGAGUACCUUCACAUGUUGGGAGUUGUGUACAGAGACCUGAAACCUGAAAACAUUCUUGUUCGUGAUGAUGGCCACAUUAUGCUUUCCGACUUCGAUCUUUCCCUGAGAUGUGCAGUUUCGCCAACCCUAAUAAGAACAUCUGGGUCUGAUUCUGAUCCUUCCAAACGAGGAGCUGCAUUCUGUGUACAACCAGUGUGCAUUGAGCCCACAUCAGCAUGUAUUCAGCCAUCAUGUUUCCUUCCUCGAAUUUUCGGUCAAAAAAGUAAGAAAAAUAAUCCCGGAAAACCACGAGCAGAGCUCGGCCUGCAUUCCGGUGCGCUGCCUGAGCUAGUUGCGGAACCCACUGCAGCACGGUCCAUGUCAUUUGUCGGCACCCAUGAAUACUUGGCCCCUGAAAUCAUCAAGGCUGAAGGCCAUGGAAGUGCAGUGGAUUGGUGGACAUUUGGUAUAUUCUUACAUGAACUACUCUAUGGUAAAACCCCAUUUAAAGGGUCGGGAAAUCGAGCAACCCUCUUCAACGUAGUCGGGCAGCAACUUAAAUUUCCAGACUCACCUGCAACCAGUUAUGCCAGCCGGGAUCUUAUCCGUGGUCUACUUGUUAAAGAUCCACUACAACGGCUCGGGGUGAAGAGAGGCGCAACAGAGAUAAAGCAGCACCCUUUCUUCGAAGGUGUUAAUUGGGCUCUGAUACGCUGCAGUACGCCACCGGAGGUGCCAAGACCAGUCGAGAUGGAGCCUCCGGUGAAGUUUGAGCAAGUAAGCCCAAUCGGGGUCAGCAACAACAGCAAAAGGGUGGUAGGAACAGAGAUGAAGCCUGGGGGAAAUUUUCUGGAUUUUGAGUUCUUUUAG